GCUGGCCUACGCCGACCUUCGCCGGGCUGUCCUCCAGCGCGUGGGGCGCACGCCGGAGCAGCAGCGCCAGCGCUUCCGCGCGCUGCGAAUGGAGGAAGUCGGCAGCCCGUUUGCGUUCGGCCAGCAGCUCCGGGACGCCUGCUGGCGGUGGCUGAGGGCCGAAGAUCGCGACGCCGAGGGGAUCAUCGACCAGGUGGCGCUGGAGCAGUUCAUCGCCCGCCUACCCGCCGGAACCGCGGAGUGGGUCCAGUGCCACCGCCCGGCGUCGCUGGAUCAGGCCGUAGGACUGGCGGAGGAUCAUCUGGCGGCUGUCCCGGUGGCAGGACAACGGAUGUCUUCUUCUCUCUCCUCUUCUCUCUCUCUCUCUCUCUCUCUUCCCCCUCCUCCCGUGUCCCGUCCUCGCCCCAUUCCCCCACCACGGAGGCGGGGGCCGGCCCCACCCCAGCCGGCCUGCCGCACCCGUGGUGCCCUCCCGUUUCUCCCUUCUAUGUCUGUCUCUCCCCCCCCUCAGGUGAGUGACCCCCAGUCCACAGCUGCAGAGGGGAGGCCCGGGCCGGUUUGCUGGCGCUGCGGGGAACCGGGCCACCUGCAGCAACAGUGUGCCGCGAUGGAGGUGGGGGCGGUGGUGCGGAUCCCCGACGCGCCAGAGGCUGCCCUCGAUCAGGCCGGAGCAUAUCGCAUACCGUAAACCGCCCUAUUUAAGGAGGGAGAGCGAGAGCAGAGA